CCAAGUGAGAGCCCAAAGAGAAAACUCAAGAUUGCAUCCCUAUUAGGGUUCACUGAUCGCGGACACACUCUCACAAGCAGCGGUGAUGCUACCACCCGGCAUGAGUUAGGGACCAUCAACAAAUUCUACAGGGAUCAAAGUAUUAGUGAAAUCUUCAAUAAGGCAAUGAAAAAAAAAACAUUUUAGGAGAGGGAAUUGAAAAGGUUUUUCAUCACACAAUACAAAGACUGACAGUUUGUAUCAUGAUUUGGAGAAAAGAAUAUGUCUAAAUGAUGAUUUAUUCACAUGAUUUCUAAUAUUCCUUCAAUAGCAUCCAGGAAAUGUGUCCAGGCUGCUCCAUAGUUCAAGUUAACUGUUAAGAGACGUGAGAUACAGCAGACAGACGGCUCAAUUUAAACCCCAAAUAAAGCUGGCAGAGCAGUCUGUCAGACACCAGUGGCUUCUACCAGAGACGUGAAACAUUGAAUUUCUCAUCUCUACACUGAGUUCACUAUAUUUAAACAUAAACAAAUAAAUGAUGUUGGAGACAAACGCCACUAAAGUUUAAUCAUAAAAAAACUGUUUCAAGAGAGGCUGUAGUGUGUCCAACACAUGGAAUAGCAUGAAAAUUUAUUCAUCGUAAUAAUUGUCAUUAUCGCUGUAAUUACUGCAUUUAUCGUGACAACUUUUUUUGUCCAUAUCGCCCAUCCCUAGCUUUUAUCCACACCGCUGCUGACUCACUUCAAUGGGUGUCUUAAAUUGUGAAUCCAUACUGAACUAUCGUUGUGAGUCCAUGUUUUUUAACCAGCGGUUAAACCGGUGUCAUUUUUUGUUGCGCCCCCAAACUCUUCGCCACCUCUGUUGAUAGUAUCAUUUGUCUGUAGAAUUAUGUAUAAGUACACCUCUGCAUAACAUUGUACAUGUAACAUCCGACUUACGACAGGGAUCGGUUCCAACCAACCAGUCGUAAGUCAGAUGGGACGCAAGUCAAAAGCCCGACGUGAGGGCUAUAGGUACUACUGUACUGUGUAGGAUACACAAUGUCAAUUUGUUGUGUUUUUAAGCAACGGUUUCGAUUGAAUACUAUUAUAUACCAAGCUGUUUACAGCCGUAACUGUACACAAUGCUGGCUGGCUGCCUUAAUUGUCGUACGCGUUGCAGUGCUGCGGUGCCAGUCAUUGAAUUAAAAAAAAAAAAAAAAAAAAAAAAGCAUCUGCUGGUUGUGGUCGCAAGUACGGGUGGAUGUAAGUCGAGCAGAUCAUAAGUCGGAUGUGACUUGUAUCCUUGUUGACAUUUUAAAAAAUAACAAGGGAAGUAAUAGAGAUCAACUUGUACUUGUACUGUAUGUGUGUGCAUGUGCGCACAAAAUACUUGUCCCUGUGAGGACCUUAUGCCUUCGUGGAGAACCAUUUGGCUGGAGUCUGCAAGCCUGAAUUUGAUAAUACAGAUGUCAAAACAACUGGGUCAUAAUAGUAAGGUGUAAGUUUGGCUCAGAGAGCUGGUCAAGGUUAGGCGUGUCAGUGGUUAGGUUUAAGGUGAGAGGCUGGGGAGAGCACUAUGUCACAAUGACACAAGGACAGCAAUACAAACGUGUGUGUUUGUGUUCCAUUGUUCUAGUAAUAUGACUGCGACGUCCUCCUCUUCUGUCGUGUGUAUGCAAACACUGUGGAGAAAACAAUUCUUAGAAACAGGAACUAGAUGUAGUUCUAAGAGUCCACGCACAGCCCUCGAACGGACUUAGCUGUUGGUUUAACUCGCUCCACCCAACUGAGGGGAAGUUAGUCCCCUAGUUCGCUACCAUGAAUCACCCAUUUCAGAAACUCUGCAAUGGAGAGAUGACUCAGCCGGCUGAGGUUACUCUGCUGCAGAGGUGGUGUUGCGAGUGCCAAAACCAAAACCACAUGAAACACCAAUGAGCGAUGCGCUGGGGAGUCACAAAACAACGAGCAGUCUGACCCCCAUAACAAACUACUGGUCUUCCGAAAACUAACUGUACGUCUAACGGAGCAAGCCAUUGUGGGCACACGGCAAAACCCCUGCCACUACCUGGUACCUGGAUGACUGAGCGGAUCCUCCCCACUAGCAAGAGAGAGGCAGGAGGGAGGGACUGAGAACGCACAGAUGUUGUUGAACCUCUUUGCAAACUGUGGAGAGGACAAGGUUCCUUGUGACAAAAAAAAAGCGUCGGGACAUGUGAAUAAAAAUAAAAACACGUUUGAAAGUAAAUAAAAUAGACUUCCCUUUUCUGAGUUCUCUUUUAGGUUUCAAUAUUGCCUUCAAUUUCUCUCCCAAAUUGCCAAAUAUGACUAUCUCUUCCAGUCAGCCCCGAGUGAUGGAACAAAACCCCAUUUGUUUAUUUUGCCCAGUUCAUUUCACCGGGAAGGCUGAGAGAGCUCGACAUUCAGGAAGCUGGGCGGUCAGAAUGGCUAAACCACAGAGGGGAAGCUGUGCUCUCCGUCAGAUAGAACAAUCGGUCAGUAGUAUGGUUGAGACUCUCGGGCUGGAGUAGGUGGCAUCGCUCUGAACUCCAGCAAUGGCACCAGCUUGGGGAAGCCUGAAGUCUGGCUUGAAGGACAGCGAGAGAAGACUCUCCUGGCCUGUCCUCCUGCUGACCCUGGCUGCCGUCACCUCCUCAUCUCUGUCCGCUGUGACUUUAUACCAGCUGGCUGCCCUCAGGGCUGAAGUGCAGGGACUUCAGUCAGAGGCCUGCCGCCGACGGGAGCAGGCUCAAGACACCAAGCAGAGUGACAACGUGAGCAGCAGACGUGUGGAGCCCCUGCAGCAGCCCGUCUCUCAUCAUGGUUUGAUGAGAAACAGGAGGACGUCGCCUGGAGGAGAAGCUCCUGUUCCGCAGCCGUGUCUGCAGAUGCUGGCCAACCACAACAGGAAGACCUUCACCAAAGAUUUUGACCUGGAGCGCCACACUGGCAUCCCCUGGCAGACCGGGCUGCAGAGAGGUUCCGCCCUGGAGGCUGAAGGCGACAGCAUGCUGGUCAAGGAAGAAGGCUUCUACUUCGUGUACGGCCAGGUGAGUUUCACGCUCUCAUGCUCGUGCCUUUAGUGAGCCUUAAAAUCCUCCUGUCUCCGGCAGGUCUACUACAUGGACAGCACGUUCGCGAUGGGCCACGUGUUGAUCCGCAGGAAGAGGAACGUGGUGGGAGACGAGCCCCAGUAUGUGAUUCUGUUCCGCUGCAUCCAGAACAUGGACCCUGUCUACCCUUACAACACUUGCUACACCGGAGGUAUCGUGAAGUUGGAGGCCGGGGAUCACGUGGAGCUGUUGAUCCCCAGAUCGACAGCAAACGUGUCCCUGGAUGGAGACGCCACCUUCAUGGGUGCGGUCAAGCUGGCCUAACACGCAGGAGGAAGGACGGUGCUGACCGUAAAUGAGAACCAACUUUUUUUUUAACUGUGUGCUUCUCAUAAAUGACAGAAAUAUAUUUAGAGGGAGUGUUAAUCAAAAAGAUCUUGAGGUGACAUUGCGUGCCUCUGCACUGCUAAGUUGUUUUUUUGUUGUGUGAUUUUUAAAAGCGCAUUCCACUAUCAAUAUCCAAAGCGGAACAGCGGGUUUCAAAACAAAUUGCACAAUAUAAAUUAUUUUGUAUUUCAUUGUAUUUCAUGUAUUUCAAAUUUAAGACCUGCAUUGAAUAAAUCGGAAUAAAUGUUUAUUUUAAUGUCAGAAAAAAAAGUUUGAAUAUUCCACAAUAUAAUGCAUUAAAAGUAGUAUAAUAUCAGUCGUAAAUGCACUCAAAAAAACAGAAGAAAACUACUGUUUGAUUUAAAAAAUAAUAAUAUUCUGAGAAAUAAUAUGCACGAAUUUAUGGAGAACUGCAACAGAUUCAGAUUAUGGCUGAAAGCCUCAUUAUGUGUAGUAGAUGUUUUUUUUUUAAUAUUUCUUUAAAAAAUAUUUACUUGCUUGACUGACAUAAAGUGUCAUAGGCAAAUUCAUUCCCAAAAGAAGUGAAGGAAAGUGGAUAAAUAAAUAACAAAGAGUUCAAACUUCUAAAUUAAUACUUUGAACUAUUAAUUAUUUUUUUUACAUAUAUAUUGUUUGUGGCAUUUAUGGGGUAAUAAUAAUUAUUAUUUGAAUUUCCUGUGAGUACAGCCGAGAAAAUCUGAUUGAAAUCCUUUUGUAAUACUUUUUUAUAUGCAAUAAAAAACGGUAUAAUCAUCACCGUUCUCUGUUUUGAUGUACUUUUUUCCAUUUAGGCGUAAUUUCAUGCUUUGCCACAAGGUGGCGACACUAGUCAGGAACAUCAGCUGACAGCGGGGACCAACGCUGAGAUGAUGAUUUGUCUUUUGUCACUGAGGACUCAGCUGUUGUGAAUCCCACAUGUAUCUGAAGCUUUAAAUCCACAAUGAAUUAGCAUGUAGCACCAGGGACCUCACUGUUGCCACCUGGAGAGUGAACUAACUUUGACUUAUAGACGCAUAAAACCUAAAUAUGAAUGUGUUAUUCACGAAAAAUAUGAAAUAAAAAAUGAAUGAUCAUAAAAUGGGGAUAAAAGAAAACAGAAAAAAUUGUCUUCGCACAUCAUUUUCACCUUUUUCUUUCUAGUGAUUUUCAGGACGGCAGUUAAACUGUUAGUGAUGCCACUG